AAAGUAUAAUAAAGGUCUUUCACUUAUUAAAAAUAUUGAAAAACUUCAAAAAGAAGUUGAUAAUACAAACAAAAAAUAUAUCAAUUUAAACACUAAAUUUAUUAAUUAUAAAUCUAAAUAUGAAAAUACAGAAUAA